UCUGUUACUGAAGGAUGUGAUGCACCUGGCAAUAUGACGGAGGACGGGAGGGACUGCGGAGUUGUUUUGACCCGAUCACGGUUACCAUGCAGCAUUUUCACUCGACUCAAGAAGAAGAACAGCAUGGGGGCUGAUGGGGAAAUAACUUGUACGUGUUGCUGCUACAUUGACUCUUUAUCGCGUCAGGGAUGCUGCUUUAUUAUGUGAGGCUCUUGAAUCAGUUGGCUCUGUUGUUUUUGAAUGAGCAAGGAUCCUUCCAGUCUGAGGACAGGAGCAUGAUGCUCAGUCCUGACCAGCCCGAGCCCGACCUGCCCUGGGGACAAACGGACACGGGCUCCGUGCCGGCCGUUCUGGAGGACGGUAACGACAAGGCGCGCUGCGCGCACGUGCCCGCCCUCAGCAGGGAGGAGAAAAGGCGGUGGAGGCGCGCGACAGCUAAGUAUCGCUCUGCGCACGCCACCAGGGAGCGCGUGCGCGUCGUGUCUUUCAACGUGGCCUUUGCAGAUCUCAGAACGCUGCUCCCAACACUCCCACCAGACAAGAGGUUGUCCAAGAUUGAGAUCCUGCGACUUGCAAUUCGUUACAUCUCCUACCUCAACCACGUGCUGGAUGUUUAGGAGGAUGGACUGAGGCAUGACUUCUGGAUAUAGCAGUUAAGGAAUGCCCUGGGGUUAUAAGGUCACAUUAAACUAAUGGGACACGGUAAACUGCCAUGCAUCUUACAUUACAUUAAUAUUUCAUCAUGGGAAAUAGUUGCCGGACUACAGGCUUACUGUCAGCAACAGGAUAAAACAAGAGUGGACAUAUUUUGAAGGUGCUGCAUAUUAUAUUUGUGUAUAGCCAAACUAAAACAUUGCAAUGCUUGACCCUAAACUUGUGACUUUUCUGUGUGCACCAAUUUGUAAAUAUAUUUAUUUCAGUUACACAAAAGAUACUUUAUUGGACGUUUGUGUGCUUUCGGGAUUCAGUUGCAGUUGAAAUGAAACUGGGACAGCUUGAAAAAUAUCAAAUAAACCGUAUUGAUGCUGUUUAUCCUAUUUAUAUAUUUCUGAAACAAGGAGAUUCUUAUUUGAAGGCCUUAUUAUUAGAUUUCAUCUUACAAGCUUUUUGUAGCUCUAUUAAUUUCAACUGAAGCCAUAAAGGGAAGCUAUUACACAAGCUGGUCCUCUGCCAUAUUGGUGAAGUCUUGGUAUUUGUAGGUGUUUCUCUCCCUCUAGAUGGGACAGGUGUUUCUCCAGACAAACCAAAACAACCCUAUUACAGCCAUCCGUCUCCUUCCUCUCUGGUCACACACGCACACAAGUGGACAUACAUCAAAAUUAUGUAUAAAAUGAGUACGGUGAACAUACCAGACAAGAGAGAAAGAAGUGGUCACUUUUGGCUCCCUGGGAUGAAUGCCAACAUGAUUUGAUUAAGACUUGGAUUUUUGUAACUUUAACCCAAAAUAUCAAAUAUCAAAGCAAAAGCCGUCCUUUAGACUGUCAUGUGUGGUUAUUCUGAGUGUUUUUACAUUAUGCCCUGGCUUUGCAAAUUCCCAAAAUAUGGCUUUUAUAUUUCCUUACGAGAUGAGGCGAUGGAUACAAACUCUUGUGCGCCCUUUGACUUUUCUCUCCAUUAGUCAGAAGCCGUCGGUGCUCCCUCUCUCAUCCUUUAUGCGAGUCUCUGCGGUGUAAUGUGGCCCAAGGGGCUUGAGGUAUUGUUCAUGUCCACUCCAGCAGUAAGAGUGACAGCCCUUUGUCUGAACACUGCACAGUCCACACACUACACACUUGGUCUACACAUACAAUAUACUGUAUAUGUUGGGAGGAGAGGAGGACAGGCCUUACAUCAGACUUUAAGAUACAUGAGGCAGUGGAAGCUGGCCAGGCCAUACAUAGAUAUAUAUUCAUAUUCUGUUUGCCAAAGUUGGUCAAAUACUAAAACUAGGCAAGAACUGUAAGCUAUGUCUAGAUACAGCUCGAACACACGCCACAGACUGUUUGGAAGGAGCAGCACUGCCCUCUGAUGGAGAUAGGGGGAGAUUUAACUGUUAAAAGUUCAUAUUCACUAUAUUUUAAAGACAAACUUGCACAGGUUGCCUUUGAACUGACCUUAAAAUGUAUUUCUGACAACUGUAGAGGCAUGUUUACCUUUCCACCUGUAAUCACCACCCAAGCCAAGUUAUAGGUAGAAGGAGUGAUUGCUGUUCUGAUGAUAUUCAAAGCUGUAGCUAUUUUUGUUUAGUUUAUGUCUUGAGCCAUUAAAAACACUGCUUUAUUUGCAUUUAGUAUAGCUCUUCUGGAGCUUUCGAUCAUAUCACAUGAGAUUCAUCAGCAGAUGGAGUUCAGUUCUUCUGAAAUUGUAGUUGUUUAAACGCCUGUAAUGUUCAUCCUAUCUAAUAAAAAGUCUGCGUCAUAAUGGAGAUUAGAUCUGUUGAAUAUCAUCGAAAGCUCAAGAACAGUUACGAAGUGGACAGUGGGGUGAGAUUAUUUUGUCA